GGGAAGCAACGAAACAGCAGCAUCAAACCAACCCAGCUAAACGUCUAAACGCGAAAAGCUUUAGUAUUUAAAUGUGUUGGUUUUUUAUUCUAAAAUUGAAAUAGAGAGGUUGGUUUGUUUUUCUCUUAAUUAUCCAGAUCAUCGAAAUAGUAUAUGAACUUAAACAUGGACUAGUCUUUCUUGGCGGACAUGGGUGAUUAAUCAUCGAGUCUGUGAUAGCCUAAGUAUUAUUGCGCUCUUAUUCAAGAUGUUUUGAUGGCAGUUUUCAUAAAAUUGAACCACUGUUGUUGUUGGUACUGUAAUGGUUCUUAUUAUCAUAAGUUCGAUUUUGCUGUGUAUUUGUGUGAAAAACAAGCUAGCGUUUGCAUAAAGAUACAGUCCUGGGUUUCCCAUUUUUUUACGUAUUAAGCGAACAACUUAAGUCUUCAACAGCUAAAGGGAAAUUACCAAUAGGAUAACAACAAUGAUGACUAGCUAUAGACCUACAUCAAAAGCACACAGGCGUGAUCUGGUGAUGUUGGUGUAUUUUGCCAUACAGCUCGUGGGGGCCGCAACAAUUGUAACAGGAUCUGAUGGUUUAUGCACUGCCGCUCCUGAACUUACGACCUGCCCAUCUAUUAACAUCCGGGACACUGGCGAGCUCAUACACCUGACUCCUAAGAUAUUCCGAACCAGCCAUCCUAUAUCGGGCAAACGCCCCAACAAUUUCGUUUGCAAGUUACCAGAAUGUCGAGUGAAUCCUUGCUUCCAUGGAGGCACAUGUAAAGAAGAAGCCAGUGGCUAUCGGUGUGUCUGCCCUGAGUUUACCAAUGGGACGCAUUGUGAGCAGAAUGCUACCAUGACACCGUGCGCUUCUAAUCCUUGUCUUCACGGAGGCUCCUGUGUGGAAGAAAUUCAUGGAUAUUCUUGCCGCUGUCCUGGUUGGACCACCGGUUCAAACUGCGAAAGCAGUUUUUCAGAGUGCAACGAUCUCCUCACGGCAGGCUACACACAAAGUGGGGUGUAUGACAUCUGUGUUUCGGCUUCAGACGGCUCUCCGUGCACUCGGGUCUCAGUGUACUGCGAUAUGGAUAGCUACGGGUGGACGUUGAUUCAGAGGCGUUUCGACGGAAGUGUUAACUUUAACCGGACAUGGGCUGACUACAAGACGGGGUUCGGCAAUGUGUCUGCAGAGUUCUGGUUAGGUAAUGACGUCAUUCAUCACAUGACCAGGAGCGGUACCUCUAUACUUCGCGUCGUCCUUGAAUUAGAUGGGACUGAUCAUCAUGCAGUCUACAAGCGAUUCAGCGUGGCGGAUGAAGACUCUGGAUAUCAGCUAAGCUUUGUAAGGUACAGUGGUUCGGCAGGAGAUGCUAUGAGGCCACUUGAUGGGCUUCGAUUUAGUACUUGGGAUCGGGACCAGGACCUUUCAAACAGGACCAACUGCGCAUUGAAAUAUGGAGGCUUCUGGUACGCCGAAUGUGACAACGUGAGACUUAACGUACAGCCAUCUAAUCGAGGACUUGCUGAGUGGACGGUAGAGGGCAACCUAACAGCAUUUACGAGUGUGCACAUGAAAAUACGUACCGGCUAAAGGUUGCACGGGCCUAAUUACAACUGACAGGCAAAAGACAUUCUUUUCGAGCCAACCCAUUCUCAUUUUUUUCAACUU